AUGAAUCUGCACACACUGAGUGUUCUAGAUUUCCGCGAGGAGAACAUAUCUCCGAGUCCAAACCUUCCUCGUGCUAAGAAUUUCCUUUCAACUGAUGAGAUCGAUCGUUUGAUGAUUAUGGCAAGAAGUGCUAUUCAAGAAGAGAAGAAACACAUCAGUAAAUCGGUAGAAUCUUUCUUAGAGGCAUUAUUACUAUCCGAAAUUGUUAGCCUUAGACUUCUUGCAAAGGAAUGCGGUGCGCGAGGUGUUGCUAGUGAUGUUACGGAUAGCAACACAAUUAAAGAUCAUCUCGAAAAUGUUGAUGUUGACGAUGAAGCUACGAUAUAUGUGGGGAAAUUUGGACCAUGUGCAAAAACCCCACAAACUAUAUUUACUUACGGUGAAAACCAUUAUGAUGCAGAUCGUUAUGACAAAACAGAGCGUUCCGGAACUCAACGUGUUGGCAAGGCAUGCGAUUUCUUGUAUUGGAGCUCAUCUAUAGAGGCCGGUAUUGGCGAGAAUAGUGGGCCAACCCACAAGGACAAUCAUGGUAAGGCAAAAACCAACUUUGUCGACGUGAUUAAAGUGUCUAGAGCACAACAUAUCGAAAUUGAAACUCAUAUUAUUGAGCAGAAUCUGUACAAUUUUUGGGAUUGGACAUCAGAAUCCUUACCAGUGAAAGAUACAGAUGUAGGUGAGCUUGUCUUAUUAUGCAGAAGGUUUUUAGUUCACGGGAAUCUUGUAGAAUGUGUAGGACAGAUGGCAAGCAUUCUUUUUAAGAAGGUUAAAACCUUCAAAGAUAAAAUAGCUGGUGCUGGAGAGUCUCCUCAAACAACGAUAGAGAUAAAAAAAUUCCGAACUCUCGCAAAACGUUCUCAAAAGUCGGAUGAUUUAUCCUUAUCACAUAAUUAA